AUGGCCGACAUCCAGGAGCGCCUCAAGAAGCUUGGCCAGGGAGCCCGAAUUGGGUACGUCGCCACCGAAACACCAGGACCAUCACAUCCCUCCACUCCCCUCCCCCCGCCGCUGCCCGGAAAGGGAACCCCCCGCAGAAAGGUCAAGCGCGCGCCCGCCCGGUCCGGCGCCGACGACAAGAAGCUUCAGCAGACGCUGAAGAAGCUCAACACGCAGCCGAUUCAGGCCAUCGAGGAGGUCAACAUGUUCAAGUCGGAUGGCAACGUCAUCCACUUUGCUGCCCCCAAGGUCCACGCCGCCGUUCCCUCCAACACCUUUGCCAUCUACGGCAACGGCGAGGACAAGGAGCUCACCGAGCUCGUCCCCGGCAUCCUGAACCAGCUUGGCCCCGAUUCGCUCGCCUCCCUCCGCAAGCUCGCCGAGAGCUACCAGAACAUGCAGAAGGGCGAGAAGGGUGACGACGACGACGACGAGAUUCCCGACCUGGUCGAGGGCGAGAACUUCGAGAGCAAGGUGGAGUAA